GAAUAUUCUAUUCUGUGAUUUUUAUCACCCCACAAAUCCAAAAGGCAUCUUAUGCCAUUUAUCUAUCACACCAUAUUCCUUGUGUUUGAAGUUAUACUCUUCACAUAACUUACCUCUCUUUCACACACUCACACAUAAACUAUAACCAUAAAAUGAUGAAGCAAAGCAUCUAUACUCUCUGAAUUUUACUUGUCAAUAGUUAAUAUGCCACACCUUUCUUUCCAUUUGGAACCAUUUAAAUGAAGUAUUCCACUUUAUGCACUUUUGCCUAUGCCCAUCUCAAGCAAGGAAUAUAAAUGUAAUAUCCUUAAAAAAAUGGAUGAACCAACCUUUUAGUUUGAAAAUUGCCUUACAAUUUUGCUAUUGAAAUUCUUACAAAUUGCACAUCAUUCUUUGAAUGGAUAUAUAAUUCUAGUUUUUUUUCUCAAUAACUCAUCAUUAAAAGUGUAGCCAUUAUUCAUGGGUUUCAUAACAUGGUCACCAAGCCAUACAUGGCAACCAACAAUGACAACAGAUACAACUACAUCAAGUUAUUGGUUGAAUUGGAGAUUCUUCUUUUGUGCACUAUGGAUAUUAAUCUCAAUGUGUCUAGCAUCAUAUUUGAUAUUCAAGUAUGAAGGAUUCAAUAAACAACGAUCUUCCGAGAGACGAGAAAAUCAUCAAGAUACAGAUGGAUUGUUAUAUGAAGAUGAAGCUUGGAGUACAUGUCUAAUAGGAAUUCAUCCUUCUUGGCUUCUUAUUUAUAGGAUUAUUUCUUUUAUUGUUCUUUUGGCUUUGAUCAUUGCUAAUGUUUCUGUUGAUGGACCUGGCAUAUUUUACUACUAUACUCAAUUAACAUUUACUUUGGUCACUAUUUACUUUGGGCUUGGGACAUGUUUUUCAAUUUAUGGAUGUUUAUUAAAGCAAAAUGAAUUUAGGGGAAGAACAGUGAAUGGUGCUUCUUUAGAUGCAGUAAGCACUUUUAUGGUUCCAACUCUUGAUGGAGUUUUAGAUAUUCCUGAACUGACUAAGAAUCCUCAUCAGGAAUUUCAUGUCAGGAAAAUUGCUGGUGUAUGGGGUUACAUUUUUCAAAUAAUUUAUCAGACUUGUGCAGGAGCUGUAUUUCUCACUGACUUUGUAUUCUGGUUCAUCCUUUAUCCAUUAAGAACAUCCAAUCAUUACAGUCUUGAUUUCUUGGUUUUUUGUAUGCACACUAUUAAUGCUGUUUUCCUCAUUGGUGACACAUCAUUGAAUUGCAUGAGAUUUCCGGUGUUUCGUUUCGCUUAUUUUGUGUUGUGGACAGCUACAUUUGUGAUUAUUCAAUGGAUAAUCCAUGCUUGUGUUACAGUUUGGUGGCCUUACCCUUUUCUUGAUUUAUCAUCUUCAUAUGCACCUUUAUGGUACUUGGUAGUGGCUCUGAUGCAUUUUCCAUGCUACGGAUUAUUUAUUUUGAUAGUGAAAUUAAAGCAUUUUUGGUUAUCUAGAUCAUUUCCUGGAUCAACAAGAGUUGUAUAUUGAUGACAAAUUCUGAAAACGUUUUGAAGAUUAGAUUUAGAUAAUACUAGCUUAUAAAUAUGUAAUACAAAUUCAUCUUUACACAACAUUUUCAAAACUAGAAUCUAUCACAACCAAUCCUCUUCCCACCAAACAAAUCGACAACUCUGCUAAGCCGGCUACUGAUUAAUAUCAGAUGGAUGACGCAGAACAAACGCCUCUGCUCCAGAACUCAAACUUUGACUCCUGAAGCGAUUCCAACAGAAUACUCUGAACACUACACCAACCUACAUAAACGAACAACCCAAACAAACCACAUAAUAAGUGAAUCACAAUCCUCACUAUCACCAACUCAUAGAAUGCAUAUUUUCAUUACGUCUUUUCCAUAUAAUCCAUAUAUACGUGAACCAUAUGACACUGAAUCUGUCCAUCCAUACUCUUCCACUACCAAUCAGUCCUACAAAUUAAAGGCAAUGCCUUAUAACAAAGUUGUGCAACACACAAAUCAAUUAAGCCAUAUUGGUUAUAACGUGUUCUUCAAUCAAAAGUCAUAUAAAGUUAUUAA